AUGGACGACUCGCUCCUGGUCGAUUAUGACCCAAGUCUCCGUAACCGGAGAUACUCCAUGAGCGACUCCGAAAAUGACGCUGGCCGUGGCGCCCGCCGUCGCCGUGCCACAUCACCAUCACCCAGCCUUCGCGAUAUCGGGAAAACGUUGGCCGGAGCAGCCCACCAGGCACAUAAGCACCACCGACGCCACAAGUCACGAAGUUCAGACAGCGGGAGCACGCACAGCGAUACACAGGAAGGUGGCCACGGUGCUUCGGGGCUGCAGGAACGCAUAUUUGCGAAGCUCAUGCAGCAAAUGCUACCAAGCGACUACACGUGGGAGAGCUAUUCGGAUACACGGGAUAAGAGGAAGGAUAAGGAUAGGCCACAGUUUAGUUUGACGACCAUGAGCAGUAACUUCAGGAGAUUCAACGCAAGAAUCGGUGUGGUAUUUGUAUUCCAGCACCGUUUGAUACGGCUCAUCCAAUGGCGGGAGCCCUCCCACACUCUCGCCGCCCUUGCUGUCUACUCCUUCGUUUGCCUAGACCCCUACCUUCUCGCUGUGCUUCCGGUGGCCUGCGUCCUCCUCUUUAUCAUGGUCCCCAGCUUCAUAAUCCGUCACCCGCCACCACCGAGUCUGCACAUGGAGAACUACAACGCCCACGGGCCAGCCAUCGCGCCUCCUCCAGAGGUAAAGGCAGUUAGCGAGAUGAGCAAAGACUUCUUCCGCAAUCUUCGCGACCUUCAAAAUACCAUGGAUGACUUCUCUAUAGCCCAUGACAAGAUCAUAUCAUUGAUCGGUCCACCAACUAACUUUAGUGAUGAAGUCGUCUCAUCGGCAGUUUUCAUAACCCUACUACUGACCUCUAUACUUCUGUUCAUAUCAGCAUCUGCGCUUCCAUGGCGCUUCAUUUUCCUCAUCUCUGGAUGGAUUGGACUGGCGCUCUGCCACCCGACCCUCCAAGAGCUUCUUCUCGACCUCCAUGCAGCACAUCUACGCCCCCAGGAAGCGCGCGCAGCGGCAUCCGCGGAUUCUCUCAUCCACUCUGAUAUUGUCCUCGAUGCGAUCCCAGAGUCGCGGGAGGUUGAAGUAUUUGAACUGCAACGGCUCACUGGCUCCGGGGGCGAAUACGAGAGCUGGAUCUUUAGUCCGACCCCGUACGAGCCAAUGGAACCUAGCAGGAUCGCGGGUGAUCGACCAAAGGGGACAAGAUUUUUUGAGGAUGUGAGAUGUCCGCCAGGAUGGGAGUGGAUGGAGGGGAAGUGGACCCUGGAUUUGGGGAGUACAGUGUGGGUCAUGGAGAGGUACAUUGGCGGUGUGGAGAUUGAAGAGGAGGGUGAGAGAUGGGUGUAUGAUAGGGUUGGUGGAGAGCAGGGGGCCAGGGGUUUGUGGAGGAGAAGGAGGUGGGUGAGGAGAGUCAAGAGGAAGUACCAGUUGAGGCCGGGUGAGUUUUCAUGA